CAAAUAUUUUCUUUAAAGGCUUGUUUAUAAAAUAUCUAGCGAAUAAAUUUUGUUUCAAUUUUCAACGAAUUCUUCAACAAAAUGAUAUGUUUUUGUGGGCUCUCACUCCAGACAGUAUUAGAUGUUAUCUAAUCCUAAGAAAACGCCCUCCAUGUCAGCUGAAGAGUACAAGUCAAUCACAUAUUACGAGCUAUUUAGUAAUGAAAUUGAUUUCUAUACAACAAUAUUGCCCAAAUUACAAAGUCUUAUUGAGGAAAAACUAGAAGCCCCAAAUUAUUAUUACAGCGAUCAGCAAGUAGCUUCAGCUUCUAUUAUAUUGGGAGAUUUUAAUACAGAUGGCUGGCGUGUAUCUAAAGAUCGGACGGGUCUAAGUUUAGAGCAUGCUCCCAUUGCUGUACAAAACUUGGGACGUUUCCAUGGGUUUUGCUAUGCUCUAAAGAGCAAGGAUCCGAUCCAAUUCACUGAGCUAACGGGUAGACUAAAGGAAUCGCGAUACAUAGAGUAUGAUAUCGACGAACCCACACUGAUAACUGAGCCAAGAUUUAUACGUUUCGAGAAGGUUGUAGCUGAAUAUCAGCCAGAAGUUGAUAAAGAAUUUACCAAAAAAUUUAUCAAUUUAGUGGAUGAUUACGUCGAUUAUGGAAGGCAGCGUGUGGCUCCACAAGAACCAAUUGCCACUCUCUGUCAUGGUGAUUAUUUGCGGAACAAUGUGGCCUUUAGAUAUGAUGAGAAUGAUCAACCAUUGGACAUUAUGAUGUUCGAUUAUCAGACAUUGAGAUAUUCCUCGCCCAUGAUUGACUUGACCACAUUCCUCGCCAUCUCGGUAUAUGCCAAGGUGCGUCACAAACAUUUUGAUCCACUAUUUGAUGACUACUGUAAAAACUUAAGCGAGAGCUAUCAAAAGUAUUCAGAAAGCAAAUUACCCAUAUUUCUUAGCCGCGAGAAUUUACUCAAGGAGUACAUACGUUGCUUACCUUAUUCUUUAUCCGUAACCUGCAGUUUUUUAUCAUAUUUGGUUGACGAUGAUGAUCAAGAAGAGGAACUGAUGAAGAAUGGAGUAAAGGUGAGAGCAAGUAAAAUUGUUGAUCGUGAGGUGGCCCAUCAAGUCAAAGAAAUGUUUGAUCUAAGUUGCAAAUAUAAUGUUGACAUAGCAGAAGGCAUCAAAACCAAAUCCUAAUA